AUGCUGAUCGUACUUUAUUCACUGCUGAUGUUUACAGUGGGGAGAUGCACAGAUGAUCAGAACUUUGUGACAAAGACUGUUGGAGAAGACGUGACUUUGACGUGUACCCGCCAGAAAUCAAACUUGUCCCAAGCAACUCUGUUUUGGAUCAGACUUGUUUCUGGAAACUUUCCUGAAUUCUUGGGAGGAACAUUUGACUUUGAUUAUGAUGGUGUUAAUGAGAUUUCUCGCAUUACAGCAAAACAAGAGCCUGGAACCUUUCUUCUCCAUAUUAGUAAAACAAACUUAAGUGACACUGGAGUUUACUACUGUAUAAAAGUAGAUGAACUUGACAUAACAUUUGUGAAAGGAACAUUUCUAAGAAUUAAAGGACCAGAACCAGAUGUCACUGCAGUGAUUCAAGUCCCUCCAUCUGAUCCGGUCCAUCCAAGAGACUCAGUGACUCUGCAGUGUUCAGUCCUCUCUCACUCUGAGAACAAAACAUGCCAAGGAGAACACAGUGUGUACUGGUUCAGAGUCGGAUCAGAUGAGUCUCAUCCCAGUGUCAUUUAUGUUCAUAGAAACAGUGGUGAUGAAUGUCAGAAAAGUCCUGAGACUCGCUAUCCACAGAAAUGUGUCUACAACUUCUCCAAGAACAUCAGCUCCUCUGAUGCUGGGACAUAUUACUGUGCUGUGGCCACAUGUGGGGAAAUAUUGUUUGGAAAUGGAACAAAACUGGACACUGAAGAAAACAUCUUGUGGUUGUUGCAACGCUGUCAGUGCUCUGCGAACAAAUGCUGCUACAGCCAGUGGAGAUCAACACAAUCAACAGUCAUUCAGGAUGCAAGUAGUUCAGAAAUUGAGAUGGAUUGA